AGCUCUAAAAACAAAUGGUUUUGCUGCUUGAAGUACUGGACACCACUUCUUCAUUUUCUCCUCUCCUCUCCUUUCUUUGAGAUCCAAAAGCACUUUUCGACAAGAACGUAGCUUUUGCUAUCAUUCUCCUCACUCGCAGCACUUUUCUUGUUUUUGAAUUACAAAGAAGAAAAAAGAAAAUUCCUUCUCUUUAGAUUCUUUAAAAUUGUAGUUAAUCAGCUGGUUUUUGAAGGCAAUACCUUCACCUUGAUCUGUUCUCUCUCUUUUGCAGCUAAUACUUCUUUAGUCUUCUCCGCCAUUUUUCGGCCACACAUUCCCUUUAUCUUUUCCCUUCUUCUCUGUCUUUGCUUCUUUCAGGCUAAAAAGCCGAGUCCUUGUUCUUUGUUUUAACUCAAAUUUGGCUGCUUUAAUUUCAAGACUUGGAAAGUUCGUUUCUCUACUAAUCCCUUUUUGUUAUUUGUUGAUCUUGCCAUAAUAGUGCAUGUUUUAUGUUCUGUAGGCUGUUUGAUCUUCUGGAACUCCUUAGUUUUACUUCUAUUUUUGUGAUCCCAAGUUUUAGGUCUGUUUUAAGGUUGUUCGAUCAGUUUUGGCUUCUGCGGGCUUGCGCUUUUCGUUUAUACUGAGGUUGAAAUUGGCUGGUCCUUUUGUUUGUGGGAUUGGAGUUGGAGUUCUUACUCUCCAUUGUUGAUCUAUCGAUUUGAAGACUGUUGAUGCUUUGUUGCUAAUAAGAUGCAGCCUGAUCAGCGCAAAAAGUCAUCCGUGGAUGUAGAUUUUUUCACAGAAUAUGGUGAGGGGAGCAGGUACAGAAUAGAGGAGGUGAUUGGCAAAGGGAGCUAUGGUGUUGUGUGCUCCGCAUAUGAUACGCAUAUUGGAGAAAAAGUUGCAAUCAAGAAAAUCAAUGACAUCUUUGAACAUGUCUCUGAUGCCACCCGCAUCCUUCGAGAAAUUAAACUUCUUAGACUCCUGCGCCAUCCAGAUAUUGUGGAGAUCAAGCACAUUUUGUUGCCUCCUUCCAGAAGGGAAUUUAAGGACAUAUAUGUUGUUUUUGAACUAAUGGAAUCUGAUUUACACCAAGUUAUCAAAGCAAAUGAUGAUUUAACUCCAGAACAUUAUCAGUUUUUCCUUUAUCAGCUUCUUAGAGGCCUCAAAUACAUACACACAGCCAAUGUCUUUCACCGGGAUUUGAAACCCAAAAAUAUCUUAGCAAAUGCUGACUGCAAGCUCAAGAUCUGUGACUUUGGUCUUGCAAGAGUAGCUUUUAACGAUACCCCAACUGCCAUUUUCUGGACGGACUAUGUUGCAACAAGAUGGUACAGAGCUCCUGAAUUGUGUGGAUCCUUUUUCUCAAAGUAUACGCCAGCAAUAGACAUAUGGAGCAUUGGAUGCAUAUUUGCUGAACUAUUGACAGGAAAACCUCUUUUCCCUGGGAAGAAUGUAGUCCAUCAAUUGGAUCUGAUGACUGAUCUUUUGGGAACGCCAACACCUGAAGCCAUUGCAAGGGUACGCAAUGAAAAAGCUCGAAGAUACUUGAGCAGCAUGAGAAAGAAGAAGCCCAUUCCAUUCUCCCAAAAGUUCCCUAAUGCAGACCCCCUUGCACUUCGUUUGUUAGAAAGAAUGUUAGCAUUUGAACCAAAAGAUCGACCUACUGCUGAAGAGGCUCUUGCAGAUCCAUAUUUUAAGGGUUUGGCCAAGGUUGAGAGGGAGCCAACUGCUCAACCAGUUACCAAGAUGGAAUUUGAAUUUGAGAGACGAAGGGUAACUAAAGAAGAUGUACGAGAGCUUAUAUACCGAGAAAUUCUUGAGUAUCAUCCUAAAAUGUUGAAAGAGCAUUUAGAUGGUUCAGAGCCAACUGGAUUUAUGUACCCAAGUGCUGUUGAUCAUUUCAAGAAGCAGUUUGCUUACCUUGAGGAGCAUUAUGGAAAUGGUGCUCCUGUUACUCCACCUGAGAGGCAGCAUGCAUCAUUGCCCAGAGCAUGUGUAUUAUACUCGGAUAAUGCAAUACAGAAUUCAGCAGAAGUCACCAAUGAUCUAUCCAAGUGUUCUAUCAAAGAAAUUGAGAAGCCACAUGUAGACAGGAGUGGUGGGGUACCAAUGACAAGGCUUCCUCUACAAGUUCCUCAAGGUAUCCAAGCAGGUGCUGCAAGACCUGGGAAAGUGGUAAGUUCGGUGCUGCGUUAUAACAAUUGUGGAGCAGCAUCAUCAGAGAAUCUUGACCAGCGAAGGAUGGUAAGGAAUCCAGCUAUUUCAACUCAAUAUACCACUGCGAACUGUUCACAUCCAAGAAGAAACCCAGCCUGUAAAAAUGAGAGAGGAGAAGACGAGGGGGUUGAAAGUUCCAAUGGAUUGCAGCCAAAGCCUCAGUAUAUGGCAAGGAAAGUUGCUGCUGCCCAAGGUGGACCUGGUAAUCACUGGUAUUAAUCUGUAGCAAUUCAAUAGUGUUGACUGCCUGUGUCUGACCUAAUGGUGGUGGUUAUAUUAAAUCACGUCAUCCCUGAUCGAUCUUCUGCCAUGCAAAAUACAUCAGAUUCAAAUGCUGACAUUUAGCAGUGCUGUUAACAAGCCUAGGUUCUUCAAAAGAAAUGUCCAGGCCUUCCGGUGAAAGAAGAUGAGCUGCAAGUUGUUAAUCAGUGGAUAGGAUUCAUGACUUGUUGCAGUCAGAUUUAACUCCGUAACCAAAAUGACAGAAUGUUUGAUACCUAAGUAAAGAACAAGGCAAUGGGAUUGGUUGACUAACCAAGUCUUUCUGUUUUCUUCUCAUUCUAUGCGAGAUAAAAGUAAGUCGUCACUUUCUUUUCCCCGCUUUUGGGGUUUUCCUUCUGAAAGCUGUACCAUUUUUCUAUGUUAUUUUGUGCUUGAAAGAGGAUACUUGUUCUUUCACAUGAAUAUUCGUCUCAACAAGGGGAAAAUGUGGCUGUAUUCACAAGGCCAAUUACGAUGCAAUGAAAUUUGUUGUUAUUGUC